ACUCCAUGGUUCACUUUGGGAAGCCAAGUUAAAACAAAAUCCUUAACUUCUUCCUUCCCCUAAUCACACACAGAGACCCACUGCCUCCUCCGCCAUCACCACCACCCUUCCAACUACAAGAACGUACUACACCAUCUGCAUAGUGCCAAAACAGUGUUAUCCAGUGUACAUACAGCCUGCCAGAAACAUGUCUGAAGCUCAUGAUGGGGCUGCUCUUGCCUACCCCAUACAAGCCAAUCCAGAGUCUUUCCAACUCUGCAUAUAUCCUAUUAGUUUGAAGUUCCAGGAGGUAGUCUACAAAGUUAAGCUGGAGCAGAAAGGCCUUUGCUGCAGUGGUACAUGGGCCACUCAAGAAAAGUCAAUAUUGAAUGGCAUAACUGGUAUGGUUUGCCCAGGCGAGAUCCUAGCAAUGCUUGGUCCCUCAGGCAGCGGCAAAACAACACUCCUUACUGCUCUAGGAGGCCGUCUCAAUGGUAAGUUGUCUGGAAAGAUCACAUACAAUGGACAGCUCUUUUCUGGUUCCAUAAAGCGACGUACAGGAUUCGUUGCUCAGGAGGAUGUCUUAUACCCUCAUCUCACUGUGAAAGAAACUCUACUCUUCACUGCCCUUCUAAGGCUUCCAAGAACCUUAACCCAAGAGGAGAAAUUACAACAUGUGGAGCGAGUUAUAACUGAACUAGGCUUGACUCGUUGCCAGAAUAGCAUGAUUGGAGGGCCACUCUUCAGAGGAAUAUCAGGUGGGGAGAAGAAGAGGGUUAGUAUAGGUCAAGAAAUGUUAAUCAAUCCAAGCUUGCUACUGCUAGAUGAACCCACAUCAGGUUUGGACUCAACCACGGCUCUAAGGAUUAUUACCACCAUCAAAAGGCUAGCUAGCGGAGGACGAACUGUUGUCACUACCAUUCACCAGCCCUCGAGUCGACUUUACCAUAUGUUUGAUAAGGUUGUGCUGCUCUCAGAGGGCAGCCCCAUCUACUAUGGUCCUGCUUCUUCAGCCUUGGAAUACUUUUCUUCAAUUGGUUUCUCUACAUCCAUGACUAUCAAUCCAGCUGAUCUCUUACUUGAUCUUGCCAAUGGCAUUGCCCCUGAUUCUAAACACGGGACUGAGCAAGGAGAGAACAUGGAACAAGAAAGGAAGUUGGUAAAGGAGGCUCUCCUUUCUGGUUAUGAGAAGAACAUUUCCACAAGACUCAAAGCUGAGCUUUGCAGUUUGGACAUCAAUAGCUACAAUUAUACAAAAGAUGCCUCUACAAGAAUUGAUAAAAUGCAAGAACAAUGGUGCACAAGUUGGUGGCAUCAGUUUAAGGUGCUAUUUCAAAGGGGACUGAAAGAGAGGAGAUAUGAAUCUUUCAACCGGUUAAGAAUUUUCCAAGUCAUCAGUGUCGCUGUACUUGGUGGACUCCUUUGGUGGCAUACCCCAUCUUCUCACAUCCAAGAUCGGAUUGCAUUGCUCUUCUUCUUCUCAGUAUUCUGGGGAUUUUAUCCACUCUACAAUGCAGUUUUUACAUUUCCUCAAGAAAGAAGGAUGUUGAUCAAGGAAAGAGCAUCUGGAAUGUAUCACCUUUCAUCCUAUUUCCUAGCUAGAACAUUUGGAGACCUGCCAUUGGAGCUUGCACUCCCAACUGCAUUUGUCUUCAUAAUCUACUGGAUGGGUGGGCUCAAGCCUGAUCCCAUAACUUUCAUCCUUUCCCUACUAGUGGUUCUCUAUAAUGUCCUUGUCUCACAAAGUCUGGGAUUAGCUAUUGGUGCUAUUCUCAUGGACAUAAAACAAGCUACUACAUUAGCUUCAGUCACAACUCUAGUUUUUCUCAUUGCAGGAGGAUACUAUGUUCAACAGAUCCCUUCCUUCAUAGUAUGGCUUAAGUACUUAAGCUAUAGCUACUACUGCUAUAAACUUCUUCUUGGUGUCCAGUAUAGUGAGGAUGAUUAUUAUGAGUGCUCAAAGGGAGUUGUGUGCAGGGUGGGAGAUUUUCCUGCUGUUAAGUCAAUGGGUCUGAAUCAUAUGUGGGCUGAUGUGUGCAUCAUGGCACUGAUGUUGGUGGGUUAUAGAUUGAUUGCUUAUUUGGCAUUGCAUAGAGUGCAGUUGAGGUGAAACUUUGGCAGAGGUCCCCAUUUCAAGAAACAAAGACAGUUUGAAGAGUUUUCUCCUUCUUCAACUAAGGAAUAAUAAUGUUAUGGAUUUAGAUGGAAAUCAAGCUGAGUUGAUGUAUUGACUUCUUUUUACACCUUUAGAUAAUGCUAACUUAGAACUUUAAAUCUGAAUAAAUUAUAUGUACAACUCCCAAUAAAUUGAACAUUCAAGUAAUAGUGCCAACCCCAUUGAAGGAAAGGGAGAUGUGCAUUUCCUAUUGCAGGAAAGGGGGAAAAAAAAAACAAAAAGAAAUGAGCAGACCUGUAGUCACUUAUCCAGUAGAACUGAUUUUUGUAUAUUUACUGGUCUUCCAAAUAUGAUUGCCUUUCUUUGUUUAA